CGUCACUCUCCCACUCGAUAUCAUUGUCAGUUUACUCCAGCCCAUAAACCUCCCAUCCAUCCAUAGCUCGUGCGCUCCCAGGUGUGACGACGAUGCGGAAGUGAGUCGUCAACCGUCUCCUCUCACAGACACCAUGUCCGACAACGACGAUGUGCGAUACUGCCAGCGAUGCUCAUACAUUUUCCUCAAGUUGAUUCUGUUCGCGUAUGCCAUCAUCUGGUGGUUGAUAGGUGGCUUCAUCCUGGGCAUCGGCAUCUAUGCAGAGGUGGAGAGGCAACGCUUCAAGACGCUGGAGGGCGUGUUUUUGGCCCCGGCGAUAAUCCUGAUCCUCCUGGGCAUCAUCAUGUUCAUCGUUUCACUCGUUGGACUCUUGGGUUCGCUGAGGGAUAAUCUGACCCUACUGAAAGUGUUCAUGUACACUCUGGCUGUGUGUUUGAUCCUGGAGCUUCUCGGAGGAAUAUUGGCGCUGGCGUUCCGCCAUCAGACUUUGAGUUUGCUGAACAAGAACAUCAGGAAAGGCAUAGUGAACUACUAUGAUGACCUGGACUUCAAAAACAUCAUGGACUUUGUACAGAAGAAGUUUAAAUGUUGCGGGGGUCAAGAGUACUCGGACUGGUCGGUCAACAUGUACCACAACUGUUCUGCACCUGGUCCGUCGGCCUGCGGCGUCCCGUAUACCUGCUGCAUUACUACGAAGCCCAAUGAAGUGGCCAACACCAUGUGUGGGUACAAGGUGUUGGAAAAAACGCGUUUGGAUUUGAUCGAAACCAUCUAUAUCCGAGGUUGCACUGAUGCUUUCUUCAUCUGGCUGAUGGACAACUAUAAGAUCAUGGCUGGACUCCUAUUGGGGAUCCUACUGCCUCAGUUCUUUGGUGUGGUAGUCAGCUGGCUGUACAUGACUCGCGUUGAAGACGCCAUCAGUGAGUACGGUCACUACAUGGACCUACUGGACUCGAGCGCGGAUGAAAAAGUCCCCAAGAAGCAGGUUAAGGUAGCUAAGUGGUUUAGAUGUAUGCCGGAGAUCUGAUGGAGGUGACGAACAAUUCACAGCAAACGGACUCCUGCUGCAGACACUGUGAGAGACCUUUGACCAGAAGGAAAUGCUAUGCACCCAAAUUAUUGAUGGUUUGAUACUCAAGUAUUGCUUCAACAUUACUGUAAACUCACUGGAUGUAUCCCACACAAAAACGUUUAAGGGCAUGAAGGGCACAUGUGUUAAAAGUUUAUGACUGUGUUACCAUACGAAAUACAAGCAGGGGUCAGGAAUGAUGGCUCAUUUAUAUUGUACUUUUUGUAGACUUUUAGCUGCACGCAGUCUCAGGGAUAAAUGCAGAAACAAAUACAACCACUUUUGCUCCUUUAUUACAAUAUGAAAUUUAGUCUGUUCAGCUCAAUCAUACAACCACAAUAUACAGCACUGACCCUUUUCUGUAUACUGUUAAACAUUUCAUUGCUUGUUUUUUUGUUUUUUUAAGCAUUGGCCUGCUACUCUAUACAACCACCGGUGAAGUAGCUUUCUUUCAUCUUGUGUAUAGGACUGGGAAUACAUUGAGACUAAACAAUUGUUUUUAAUCAGGCCUCUUCACUCUUUGACUUUUCUGAAGUGCUAACUGAAGCUCCAACAAUUGCUGCCCACUCUGUUAAGAGCUAAUACACUAAUAAUUUGCAACAACAAAUAAUUCCUCUGAGAAAUAUAAUUCCACCAGAAUUAUUCUAUUUGGAAAGAAAUUCUGCUAAGAAAGCAACAGCAACUGGCCAAUCAGAGGCCAAGUAGUAUGGGGCUAUGCAAUGUGAGCGUAUCUUCAAUACGAUGCCACACAACUUUCACAAAGGUUCAUAUACUAUGUCCCGGGGGCACAUUGUCAUGUGCUAUACACAGGUGGACACAGUACCGACCCCCCACACACAGGACGUGGGGGGAUCUUACUGGCAAUUGCAUGAUCGGUUUUAAAUGUUGGUGUCAGUUCAUUGACAACAUGUAUUGAAAUAAAUGUGUUGUCAAGUUUUUUUUUGCCUGGUUAUGGAUCUUUCUGUAAAGGGAUAUUUUUGAGGUUGGGUGCUGUUUAAUAAAUGAUGACUGAUGCAGUAUCAUAUUGUGUACACAAAAAAAGGCUUCCCACUGAGUUACACGCAUUCUAUCUAAACAUUUCAUGCGAUGGUAUUUAAAUAUGAAAACAAUUUACCCAAGACGCUUAGAGACGCGCAAGUGUAAAUGAUUAGAUCUAUAAUGCAGAUGACAAUUUGAUUCCCUGAGAAACAUUUAACAUGCUGAAGAGGUGCUCAUUGUUCACAGGAUCUAUCUGUGUCACCUCAGCAAUCCAUGGCUAUGAUUCUUUUUAAAUGUUUUUACACGCUUUGUGGCAAUUGGAGGAGAGAGAAAAUGGUUUUCACCAACAAAGAAAGACCAAGGUGUUGAGAAUGAUCCGGCCUCGAGCACCUUGGAGUCUGGAGAGGGGAGAUCCGCUCCUGUGUUAUUUAUCAUCCCCGUCAAACUUUAACCAAACACACACUGAGAAACCAGAACGAUCACACAAGCAACAUUUGGACCCACCAAGCCAACACACACGUUUCCUCCCACUUAUUUACCUCAUGGACUGCUUGAAAGAAGUUCAUGGUCAUUGAAUAUCUAGGAAGUUGAAAUUAAAAGCAUUCUCCAGUUGACAGUGCCAAAGAGCUCAUUUGAUAUCCGAGGAAUAGGAGUUGAGCAUGUUUCACCAUUUCUUAUUGAAGUUGUCAUUUUUCAGUACACACCCUGAACUGGGCCAAAAAUACAUGACUGCAAUAUGAUUUCAGUCUGAAAAUUCUGUGAAUGCUUCAAUGAAUGUUUUUCCUUUUAUAAAGGAGAACAAACAUACGUUUUCAUAAACAUAAGUAAUUCGUUUUCCUUUUGACAUAAUGGCCUUAUUGUUUCAAAACGUGGCGUGAGAUGUUUUAGUCUUCAAUUAUUUUUUCAUAGGGCCCCUCCCAAUUUGGCCGCCGGCCGACCCUUCCUUGGUGCGCUUUUUAAAUCUAUUUUUAAAUCUAUCGGUAUCAUUUUUGCCUGAACAGAUUUAUUCUCUUUGGCGAUCUUUUACCUCUUUGUAGACACAUGCACGCACACUAUGUCGCUGUGUACAAUGAUGUGUUGCUGGAUGCUGGUCAUUGAUUAUUUGGUAGAAAGACUAGUGUCUGGUCUGAUGCUGGCAUUUAGUUCUGGACAACAUAAUUAACUGAGGUAAUUAAUCAGUGUAGACAGCCGCACAAACAUGGAGGGAGAUGCGUGCUGCACCUCUAGUGCCACAUAGACCACGUUUAUACUUUAGUACACUCUUACUUCACUUCAUAGACAUUGGAUAUUUAUUCAUCAGACCAAGCAGACUCUGUUUUGAAUCAAUCAACCAAACCACAACAAAUAUUUAAUCAUCCCAAUAACACAAAAACUAAUUCUAAUUGGAUAUUUUUUAAAUGGUAGACUGAUGCUUUUAAUUAGUGUUUAAACAUUCCGUCAACAUCAUAUACCAUCUAGUUUGCACCCCUAUAUACACUCAAUUAUCAAAAGGAUUGUGCAGUAAGGGGAACUGAAAUGGAUCCAGGCAGUUUUCCGGUGACCAAUGAGCUUGAAAAUUAAAAGCUCAGCUAGAGAAGAUGAACAAAAAAUACUGUUCUGUAUUUUGAUAAUUGGCUUGAAUGCAGAAUGUGGCUCUUCGAUGUUGAUCUACAUGUAAUAAGUAAUACGCUUAGUUCUAUAAAACAAUCCAAACUUUUUGCUGUUGUUGCUUAUCUUGUUUUCUAUUUGCAAAGGCCUGUGACCUCACCAGUUCAACCUUGAUGAAUAAACUAACAAAAACCUUCCACCUGGGCUGGUGGAGCUGCUCAGUGAUCAACUAUUAGGAAGAAUGUGAAGAGGUAGAACUGUAUGCUCUUCAGUACCAAUAACUCAUUUACUAAAUGGAAUAAUUGCCGGUGUUUUUCUUUAUCUAGCAAUAUGUCUUCAAUCCUAAGUGGCAUGUAACAAAGGUCGAACUGAGAAGGGUCUAUAAAAAGAUGCAAAGGGAAAACCACAUAAAGCAGCAUGUACAAAGGAGGCAGAGCCAUUAAUCAGGUUAUAUAAGGUUUAAAUUAGCCAUGAAAUGCUGAAAGCUCCACAGAAAAGUAAUUGCCUCGAGUAUUUGUAAAGUACCAACUGGCGGGGAACACAUGGUUGAUAUUUUUCUUUUCCAACUUGUUUAGAUUGGCUUAAAAUCUGCAAUUUUUUCAUGAGUUCCAGCUGUUGUAUAUCAAAGAAAUGUUGAUUAAUGAUUUAUGAUUAAAAUUGUGUGAACAAAACACUAUUCUUAUUUUGAGGUUUUUAUCACUAAAGUAAGAUGGAACAUUCAAUUUCGGCCAAUGGAUUCUCUCCAAUGCAACACAUUCUACCUUUAAUAAUUUAAACCAAGACUCAGAGGGGAAAUACAGCUUUUGUAAGCUGAUAACAAAAAACUUUAUUUUCUGCCCAUGUUAGAGAUGCACCUGUGAACAUUUAGUCUUUGAAGAAGUUAAUGGAGUUCUUAAUUAGCUACAUGACUGUGCGUAUUAAAUAGCCUAAUCAUUAAUAUGUAUAUCCAAAGGUCAAUUGAGUCAGGCUUUGUUUAAUGUAUGAUGCUAAUGUGCCUGUUAUCCAAUAUAUAAUAUGUUAGUUUUUCUUCUCCAUGCAUCCCUCUUUUUCUUUC